CGCGUCGCAUUCUUUUUCGUCCCCAGGAAGAGCCCAGCUUUUUGUUUGAUAGAAGCGCUCUUUUGUCGUCCUCACAUUCGCACCCUUCGAAUUAACAUGAGGAAAGGCGCACUUGUUCGUACCCAUGACGAUCGGAGGAGCAGGAGCUUCUGCGUGUGCUGCAAGAACCUUCCGGGUUUUGCUCACCACUCGCCCUUGCCUGCAGCCCAUCGUCGUUCGCGAAGCACGAAACAUUGGUGCCGCCGCGGACGCGUUUUUGCAAAACUUUGCUGUGGUGCACGGGAUUCUUCCAGCGGUGCCGCGAUCCGCAGAGCGAGUGUCGCUUCUGUUGGGCUACCGAAGACAGGUACAAGACCUCACCGAGCUGAAACAAUUUCUUCAGGACCUCUUUGCAUCGCAAGAAGUGCGAGAAGUACUGAGAAUGCCACCCCAUGCGUGCUUCCUACCUGGAUCAUCCGGUGGAGCUGGGAAGAACUCAACCGCUGCUACCGGGAGCAAAGCACAAAAGUACGCGGAUCUUUGGCGGCCACUCAGUGGCACUUUCUUCUCUCCAGCGAUCGUUCAUCUGCGCCCUUCUGAACAGCCAUUUGCGACGAGGACCGAAGAACAUGGCGUUCAAGCCGUCGUGGGUCCGACCGAUGGCGAGCGUACGCAAGUCUUUGCGGCUGCGGGACUGCGGCUGGCCGGCGAGAAUAAAGACGAGGCUCUCUUCAGUGGAAGAACUGUGACAGUUGAGACCUCGGUCGUCAACCGGUCGAACUUGGCUCAUCGGGAUCGCGUUCGCAGUGCGGCCGAAGAGGUUUUGGAACCAAAAUUUUCCGGCGGCAGCGCAGGGCGAGAGUGUGCAGCAUUUCCUGGGACAUCUGGCAGUCUCCACGUCGACGUGGUUGGAGACGAAGAAAACAUUGUUGUCGUGUCGUGGAAUCCUUUCGGCGUGGUGUGUCCGCGCCCAUAUUCGCUUGCUGAAGUUUCGGAAAUCGGAGAGGGCAGUGCUUUUGCGCGGCCAACGACGAGGACAAGCGUAUCAGUAACUGGAUCAUCCCCUUCCCCGCGGCGCGCGCAACAACCAGAUGAUGUUCGCGUAGCAGCCCCGCAUUCAACUUCUAGGGGCAACGCGGCGUCCGGGCCAGCAGGAUCGUCAAGAGCGCAGAUCCGGAGCACAGAGGAACGUAGUAGAAGCUGGGAUUUACGGGAAUUAUCGCAGGCGAAAAACGUCGUAUCAGGCCUGGAGGCUUGCAGCUCCCGUCCCUCGUCCAAAGUGAACUUCGAGCACCUCAGAUCACCCGGCGGCGUUUCUUGUACCGUGGUCGACGAAGACGAGAAAAAGGAUGGCAUAGGGAGAACGUACGUGCGACCAAACUCCGUACAAAUCAUAAUUCAGAAUGCUGUGGAGCGGGACAGGGAGGACCGAGUGCGACCAUGCCACGCCGCCGCCUGCCUCCAGGCUAUAUUGACGGACUUGCGAGCUGGAGCCCCCGAGGCGAACUCGGACGAGACAGCUCGUGACUUGACUUUCUGGGACCCCUAUUGCGGCAGUGGCAUUUUGGGUGUCGAGGCCCUGUGCCUUGGUUUCGACCGCGUUGUCUGCAGCGACGAAAAUCGCAACAACGUGUCGCGCGCAGAGGAGAGGCUGCGCAAAUUGGUGACUUUUUCUAGUGAGCAAACGGAGCGGCGCAAAGGAACGAGCGGAGACGGGCAUGAUUGUGAUUUUUUCAACUUAGGCAACCGCUUUCGGGUGGAGCAUGCAGAGACCGGCUUCGCAGUUUUUCAAGCUGCGAGCCCGGUGGUAUUCGAUACUUCCGAUCAGGAUACAGCUCAGAGCACGACAGGCCAGCAAACUUCUGCGAGCAUCCAGAUGCUACACGCUCCGCCUGCGGCAGUAGAGCCUUUGCUCAGUUCGAGCCGUGAGAAGACCGUGAUACUUUGUCGGUUGUCCCAGUACCGGGGCCGCGAUGAGGCCUCGCGCGGGGGGGAGAACGCGAAGCUUGCGCAGUUGGCCUGCAUGUGGGCUUCGUACCCUUGGCGAGGCUGUUAUUUUCUUGGCGACGGCCGGUUGCGACGCCACUUUCCCACAGCCGAUAGCGCGUCGCUGCUGUCCUUUCGAGUCGGAAGAGAACAGCAGACUUUGUGGAAAGUACACAGCAGCUGUAGCCUGCCCGUAAAAGCGGUCCUACAACGUCAAACGUUGCAAAACAUGCUUGACGUGGACCCACCUCUACUAUCCACCGAUGUCUAG